CCGUGCUCCGGCCUGGGCCGACGCCGUCCAGAUCCCCGCGGCCGGCCAGGGGCGCGGACUCUGCAGCACGGGACGCGGACGCCGGCCCCGAGCAGCGGCGGGGCCCAGCGCAUCUGCGUUGACCCGAGCGUUGCAGCGAUCUUCGCGGCUCUGCUGGAGCUCGGGACAGAGGAGAGCAAGGCGCUCUUGGGGCUCCGGUAAGAACACCCCAUCCCCAGGGAAGAUGGACUAUCUGGCAAACACGGAGAUCAACAGCCAGCGCAUUGCCGCAGUCGAGAACUGCUUUGGGGCAUCAGGGCAGCCACUGGCCCUGCCCGGCCGCGUGCUCCUGGGCGAGGGCGUGCUGACCAAGGAGUGCCGCAAGAAGGCCAAGCCUCGAAUCUUCUUCCUCUUCAAUGACAUCUUAGUGUACGGCAGCAUCGUGCUUAACAAACGCAAGUACCGCAGCCAGCACAUCAUCCCCCUGGAGGAGGUGACGCUGGAGCUGCUGCCUGAGACCCUGCAAGCCAAGAACCGCUGGAUGAUCAAGACGGCCAAGAAGUCCUUCGUGGUGUCGGCCGCCUCCACCACAGAGCGCCAGGAGUGGAUCAGCCACAUCGAGGAGUGCGUGCGGCGGCAGCUGCUGGCCACGGGCCGCCCACCCAGCACGGAACACGCAGCGCCCUGGAUCCCCGACAAGGCCACGGACAUCUGCAUGCGCUGCACGCAGACGCGCUUCUCCACCAUCACCCGGCGCCACCACUGCCGCAAGUGUGGCUUUGUGGUCUGUGCCGAGUGCUCCCGGGAGCGCUUCCUCCUGCCGCGCCUCUCCCCCAAGCCUCUGCGCGUCUGCAGCCUCUGCUACCGGGAAUUGGCCACCCAGAAACAGAUGGAGGAGGAUGAGGAGGAGGAUCGAGGCAUGGGUUCCCCUGGGCAGCUGACCCACCUGGCUGGGGCUGUCUGCACAGCAUCCAGUGGGGAUGAUGAUGACUCAGAUGAAGACAAGGAGGGAGUUGGGGAUGGCGACUGGGCUGGCCAAGUGAAGUUCUAUGGGUCAGACAUCUCCUGGUCAUCCUUUCACAGCUGACCCGGGCCUGCUGACAGGAGGGCAGUGCAUCCUGGUGCUUGCGCCAAGUUCGUGCACCCAUCCCCCCAGCCUCCUCCCCUGAGGGUGGCAGACUCUAUAGAAGUGACUUUCCCUCUGGACUGGCCCCGUGCCUUUUUGCUAGAUGUUGACAUCCUCCUAGAUCCUCUUCCUACUCCGCAAACCCCAGGACCCCCAGGCACCUUGGAAACAGAUGCAACUUCUCAUCCCCACAAGCUCUGUCCCUGGCUAGCCUUUGAAUGAGCAAACCCCAGGGGGCAGAAGGAGAUGGGACUAGAGUGAGUUCCCCACUGCUCUGAGACGCCAGCGCAUGUCAGAGAGGACUGGGAAUGCUGGAAGGCCUGCCCACCUCAUCAUUGGUACCCACCUGCCUGGUGGUGCAGGACACAUGAGCUCCCCAGGGCCAGGCAAGAGACUGCUAUAAUGUGUUGCCCUCGAGGCCCCAACUGCAGCCUUACCCACAGCCCAGGUGCCCUGCCCAGGCCUCUGGCUGCACCUUCCCUCCAUUCGGGUAUGUACUACCCCUCAUUCCCUCCUUUCUCUCACCCAGUGACUGGCAAAAGUAGUGGCUUCUGUUAGGACUCUUCAUUGCAUGUGACAGAAAUCUGCCCAGAUUAAUGAAAUAAAAAAUGUACCGACUCA